AUGUCGGCCACUUCUUCUCCUACUGAUGUAAGCCCAUCAAGCAUCUCGGCCAACCAACAAACCGCCGGCGCUGUCACGUCUUCAGGUCGCAUCGCCUCUUUUAAUCGUUUAUCAGCGGGAGUUCCCUCAUACGGUCCCAGUUCGUCACCAGCCAUGUCUGCUGCUGCCGCAGCCGCCUUCCUCCUUCAAGCAGCAACUGGUGGCUCAGUAAAUGGUGAAGGAUCGACGGGUCCCGUGCGUCGUUCAUCUGCACGGUUUUUCGAGUCUCCCCAAUCAUCGCCCUCAUUUCCCUCGGCUGUGAUAUCUGCCGCUGCCCAACAGGCUGCUCUUGCUGCUGCUGCUCAGGCGAUUAGCUCCUCGCAUUCUUCGCCAAGCGCAAAAGCUUCAUCAGAUUUACAGGCUGCCGUCAUCUCUUUAGCAUUGGCUGCCAACCCACCCACCUCCAGCCAAUCAGACUUAUAUCGAUAUGACCAGCAAGAUCCCGGUUCCAGGCCUAGUCAAGCAGUUACUGAUCUAUUUUUCUUAUCCGAACGACAUCCGGAACUGUUGAAGUCCCAUCCAUCAUUGGCAUCUGUGUUCAGAAGACGGUCAUCAACAGUGCUACCUACCUACCUUUCAGAGUUAUCAAAUACGGAUGGAACUCAUGAGACUAUAGAAAAGCCGGUAUUGAAUUCAGAUCCUUCCUUCCCCCACAACUUGGUUUCGGCUUUGGAGGUUAUAAACAGCCAGAAUUCUGGAUUCUCAGAUGUACCCGGGCAAUCUUUAUCCCCCAUACCUAUGGCUCGGCUAUCAGCCAGUCGAGAUGGAUCCAGUAAGGAGCACUUCAGUCGUGAUGUGGAUCCCUACCGUUUCUCUCAGGGACCGUCCGUCUUAAGUCCACAGAAUCCUAAAUUUCCACGCCACUUCCCUCCGACCACAGAGUCAACCGUUCCGUACGACCGCAAUUUUUCACGGGUUUAUCGAGGUUCGCCUGGACAGGAUAUGGUCUCUGCAGCCUAUCCUUCUCACAACCCCUAUGAUCGAGGUACCACACACUCGAACCUUUCACCGACUUCUGUGGCCAAUGUUACCGAGACUGGAGCUACGCUGUGCCGCUCUCCAUCUCCUCUCAGUUGCUCUUCCUUGUCCAAUUCAGCCACACCUCGACUGAAUAUAUCUCCAAUCGGUCAAGACGGGCGAAACCGCUCCAUGUUGCUCGACUCGGCCGAUCAAAGCACCAAGUCGGGUACCUCUUACGCAUCUGUUCGUGCGGGGUGUCUGAGUGAGCAUGAAAUAAAGACAGAAUAUUCGGUAGCUGGGUCUUACGCGGACGAACCAAAUCGAAAACGAGAGCAACGCCUAAUAAAAAAUCGUGAAGCGGCGCGCGAGUGCCGAAGAAAAAAGAAGGAAUAUGUCAAGUGCCUUGAAGCUCGUGUCAGUUUGCUUGAAAGUCAGAAUCAACAGCUAAUCGAGGAGCUGCAGAAAGUCAAGGCGCUUUGUUUCAACGAGUUGUGUGGGCUGGGUCUUACAAACUCUACCGCUGCGUGCGCUGCUGCAGUGCUUGCCGCUGUCACUUCCGUACCUGGCACUUACUCUGCACCCAGCGCCUCGACUGCCAUGAAAAGCUCGCCUUCAGAUGUGGUAGCGCGCCAAAUGAACAAUGAAUCAUUCGGCCACACCACUUUGCCAUCCGAUGAGAGUCAUCUUAGUGCACAUUUGCUCCCUUCAUGUCGUUCGAGGACCCGACGUCGUUCUAUUCUUUCAGCGACGAAGUUUCAAUCCGAUGUCACCUCACUAGAUUCCCAAAUGGUGCCUGACUAUCCGAACGAUUAUAUUGGAGAGGUCGACUCUGCUAGCUCCCAACUGCAGCCAUUUCCUCCUACUGGAGCAACUCAAAGGCAAAAUGGAUCCCAACAAUAUAGAGACGCGCAAUCCCGGGCAUCCGAGUCUACCAGUGCUGGCGUUUCACCUAGCUCUUACGACUCGGUAGCUGCCGCGAGUGAUAGUUAUCGUCAAAAUAAUCAUGCCCAAACAGCCUCAACAAUCCCGACCCUCCCCAGAGACGAUUCCAAACGAAUAGAGCAGUCACCCUACUCAUACAGUCCACCUGCUGUUCAAGCUGUCUCUAGAACAUCCACGUACUUUCAUCAUCCACACUACGCAGCCAAACGGGCUUACCGUAAUUUGACCGUGAACACGGACGAGCCGAACACAUACACCGACCCACAAACGUCGAGUCCUGAACAUGGCGGCUUGGUGAAGUCUACUCGCUCUGCUAAUACUGUGGCUGAUGCUGCUGUCAUUCUGGCUGCCGCGGCAGCGAUGGUGGCGGAAUCGGAAUCCACCUCCAAUGCUGAACCUCGGGUAUCCAGUUGA